UAAAUAAAUAAAAUGAAUAUGAAUGAAUGAAUCGGUUGCUUUAUAAAAUAUAGUAAAUAUAAAUUAUUUAUCAUCAUUAUCAGACACAUUUAUCAAGAUCAUUCAUAAUGUCAUUUAUUAAACAAAUAAAUAGCACCAGUUAUGUGAAUUAAGCACAAGGUUAAAGCACAAACCAUCACCAAAUGAACGUAACUCAAUGAUUAUUAUAUGGUAAGGAUCAAACUGAAAACAAACUUAAGUACCAAAACUUCAAGAAUUAAAUCAACUCAAAAUUUAUUAGACAUUGGUUGAAACAAUAAACAUACUCAAUCACUAUUGAAUUUAUUUAACAUAGUCAACAUAAAUAAUUGUUAAACCCAAAAUAAAAAAAUGAGGGGUGAAGUGUCUUAAUCAAAUUUCUUAAAAUGAGGGGGAAGUCACUUAGUGUCUGCAAAAAAAUGGCCUAGGGUGAAGUGUCUGGGGGUUGAAGUGUCUGUAAGCCGUCAGCAGACAGGGUUGUCAAAUUCAGUGAUUUCUUUUCAAUUUUCAAAAAAACAACCUGUGGCUUUUUGAAGGCAGAAUUAUUGCAUGAUAAAAAAAACAGUGGGAAACCUGAAAUCAAAUUCCAUCAUUCAUUUUAUAAAAUUUACCAUUUCCAUGUAUACUAUCAGUGGAUAAAGAAACAAAUUUUCUGCUUAGGCAGCACACCACACUAAAUGUAGCCACAGUUUUGAAAGGCCAGGGAGGAUUUCUUUGAAAGUGUAAAUAUUCUGGAGUUAAAUGACUGUUUGAGUUCAAAAUGCAUUUUCAGCAUCAGAUUUGGUUUUGUAACAUCUAAUAUGAACUCUGGCAAAUUCGAAAAUAGGGCUAGUAAUAAAUUGUUCAGGCAGAUAUUGUCCAGAACACCGUUUUACUGCAUACAGUGCAUUUCAACUGCAGGCUCGGAAGAAUCAAGACAUUUUUCAAGGGGGUACAUACUUUCAUCAGUAGCAAAAAAUCUGCAAGGCCAAGCACCUGUAUCUUUGUGAUAUUUUGCAUGUAUAGGGAUUGGCCAAGAGAGAAACAGUGUUUCUAUAGCUGCUAUAUUUGCAGGUUUUAUACUUUCAUAGGAGGAAGCGUUGACAUUUUGUGUGUGGUCAGGGACGGCCGAAAUAGGAAAUUUAGUGUGGAGUGCUUAUAACCUUAAGAUUUUGGUCUGAGUAUGGUAGACUAACACUGUCAUCAUCAUCACUUUUGCUGUUUCUGGUUAUAUGUUUUACAUCAGUUGCCUCUGACUGACUAAGUCUCACAACUUGUUCAACAGGUUCAUUUGGUUUCAUUGAUGUACUGCACAUCAUGGCACAGUCUUAUGAUACUAUUACAUCAUUGUUAGGUAGAAUAGGUCUAAGACACCUUGUUGAAAACUUCAAAACCCAGAGGAUCGACAGUAUUGACACAUGCAAGAGAUUAGUAGACACUGAUUUACUAUCUCUUGGUCUGUCUACAAUUGGAGACCGUGCAUGGUUCUGUGCUGAAAUUACAGCAUGUCAUGAAAAUGCAUCAGCAGGUGACAGUAGAGCUUUUUUGGCAAGCCGGUCAAGAUUCAGCAGAAAGAAGCCAGCUAGACGUAAAACUUGGACAGGAACAUUCGUAUGUUUGGCAGAUCAUAACCAAACCAAGGUUCCAUGUCAAGAGGAAAAAGUUUGCCUACAAAGGGCAGGAUUAGGUGUUAAAAAAAUUACUUUUGAUUCUGAAGCAUCUGAAUCAGAAGUAGAUUCUGUUAUUACUGGUGAAAGUGGUUUUAAAAAACUUGAAAGCUGUGGCGGUUAUGAACUCUUGCAUUGUAGAUCUAACUGUAGAAAUCUUUCAAAAAUAGAUGUAAGCUGGGAUGUAAAAAGCUUGAAAACUGUUGUUGGUGGACAGAGUAAAAUAUACAUUAGACCCAUUCAAACCUCCCUGGAGUUACAGUCUGAAAACGAGGAGGCAAAUACAUCCAAUAUAAAGUUUCCAUGUAUGAUCUGUGGUGUUGAAUUCAAUGUUAGGGACUUACGGGAGCAUGCAAAUACCUGCUUAAAAACUGAUAAUCCUACUGACAAUGAAGUUGUUAACAAGGACCCAUUUUUUGAAACACCUUUUGAAAUAAAUAUGCCUCUUGACCUAAAUAAUUUAGAGUUUUUCUCUGCUGAUCUUAGUGACACCGUACAGA